AUGGGGUAUGAUGGAUUGAUCUCUGAUGAAGAGGGUUAUGAUAGUGACAGAGCACCAAGCCUCCAUGACUCAUCUGAUGAGGAAGUUGAAGACACAGGCCCGUUUCCAGUAAAGUGUAGGAAAAGAUACUCUGAUUGGAGGGAGUUCAAUAAGAAGUAUGACAUGAAGAAUCUAUCUUUUGAGCUUGGGAUGGCCUUUGCCAACAGCAAGGAAUUCAAGCAGGCAAUGAGGAAGCACUCUGUGCUUACUAAAAGGGAGCUCAGGUUCACUACAAACACAAGACACAAGGACAUUGAGGACAGAGCACACUUGCUGUUCAUUGGGGGAAAUCUGGGAACCUCAGUUUGGAUUCAAACUGAGUUGGAUGGAGAGGUUACAAGAUUCAAAAGAAUUUAUAUCUGCAUAGAGGCUUUGAAGGUAGGGUGGAGGGAAGGGUGCAGGCCAAUCAUAGGUUUAGAUGGUUGCCAUCUUAAGAGUGUGCAUAAGGGUCAACUUUUGACUGCUGUGGGUAUAGAUGGGAACAAUGGGAUUUAUCCCAUUGCAUGGGCUGUGGUAGAAGUAGAGACAAGUGAAAGUUGGACAUGGUUUUUGGAAUUCCUCAAAGUUGACUUGAGCAUACAUCACUCAAGCCACUUCAGUUUCAUGAGUGACAAGCAGAAGGGUCUUGAGCAGGCCAUAAAAGAACUUUUCCCAGACUCUCAACACAGGCACUGUGUCAGACACUUGCAUAACAAUUUUAGGAGUGAUGGACAUGGAGGUUUAGAGCUAAAGCAAAAGCUUUGGGCAGUGGCUAGAGCAUACAGUAUGAGGGAUUAUGCCACUAACAUGGAGGAGUUGAAGAAAAGUUCAUUGGGUGCUUGGCAAUGGUGCUUAGAUAGGCCUGCCAUACAUUGGUCAAGGUCACAUUUUCAUGAAAAAUUCAAGUGUGAUGUGUUGCUAAAUAAUCACUCAGAGAGCUUCAACAAGAGCAUCCUACCAGCAAGGAAGAAGGCCAUUCUUGGACUAUUGGAAGACAUCAGAACAGCAACUAUGGUCAGGUUAGCAACCAGAAGACAUUCUGGGCCCAAUUGGAGGUGCAAGGUUGGGCCAAGAGUGGAGAACCAACUGAAGAAGAAUGCAAGUUGUGCUAGUGAUUACAGGCCCUUGCAGUCAAGUGAGUGGAGGUAUGAACUUCAAGGAAGAGGGGUGGGCUGUAAAAGUGGGGUUGUUGCACAACAUUCUAUUGCUCUAGAUUUGAGGACUUGUACAUGCAAGAGAUGGGAUAUCUCUGGUCUUCCUUGUGGUCAUGCUAUAGCUGCAAUAUACUCCAAGGGACUGUCCCCAGAUGCGUUUGUGGAUGAGUGCUUCACCAAGGAAAAGUACAUGAAGGCAUAUGAGCCAAUCAUGCAUCCAAUCACUGGAGUUAAAGAGUGGGAGAUUAUCAAUAGGCCUAUUGCACCUCCUUUGUAUAGGAGACAGCCUGGAAGGCCUAAAAUAACAAGAACUAAGGAACCAGGUCACUAA